GGCCCAAUAAAUUGAAGCAUGCGUUCAUGAACAAGACUAAACCACGGUUCUCGUUUCUUUCACCUAUUUCAGUUUCAAAGACUUGUUCCGGAAAACUUUACCAGUUUAGAUUCUUAAAGCAGCAAAUUACUAAGCUUGCGCGAAGAAGGACCGAAUAUUAUGGUUUUAAGAAAGUAGAAAGAAGGCUCAGUAACGUCCAGGCUUCUGCUCGGCCAACCGUCGUCUUAUGUCCAGGACAAGGGGCACAGUAUGCAGGGAUGGGCAAACUUUGGAUCGAAAAAAGCUUAUCUGCCAAAGAAUUAUUUGAAGAAGCCGACGACUUGUUAUCCAGUUGUUUUCCACAGUCAAUUUCGGAGAUCUGUUGUGACGGUCCUAAAGAAACUCUGGAUCGCACUGAUGUUGCUCAACCUGCCAUCUUUCUCGUUUCUUAUAUAAGUUGGAUAUCUUCUCAAGAAGUCAAAUUGGUUUCUAAAGAAGCUAUAUCCUUUUCUGCUUUGGCAGGAUUAAGUUUAGGAGAAUACACUGCCCUUGUUCUUGGAGGAGCUUUGUUGUGGCAAGAUGCGUUACGUCUGGUGCAAAUUCGUGGUAAGGCCAUGCAAGAAGCUUCAGAACGCACAAAAGGUGGAAUGGUAGCUUUGAUGGGUUGCAGUGAGCAACAAGCUUGGGAGUGUUGUUCGGCAGUACGACAAGGACAAGUUCUUAUUCCUGCCAACUUCAACUCGCCUGGUCAGGUAGUUCUUAGCGGACACUUAGAAGCUUGUCAAAGAGCUAUUGAAUACGCAACUAGUAAAAUGCAGUUGAAGGCGACUCCUUUAUCAGUUGCAGGGGCGUUCCACUCUCCUUUAAUGGAGUCUGCGAGUGAUACAUUGUCCAAGGCAUUGGAACAAGUUGAUAUUCAGUCUCCAAACUAUCCAGUUUUGUGUAAUGUCACAGGUCGUCCUCAUAAUGAGUCUCCGAAUAGUAUUCGUCAUCGUUUAACAGAACAACUUACAUCACCAGUGAGAUGGGCUGACUGCAUGAAAUAUAUAGAAACUAAUUUUUCAGAAGAGCAAAAUUGGCUAGAGCUGGCUCCAGGGAAGACCUUGGCAGGUUUGUUGCGUCGAAUCAACAGAAAAUGGAUGGCAUCCUCCUUAGACGAAAUUGGAAAUGCGACUGUGAUGAAGUGAGAAUAAAUUUCUGUAUUUUAAGAGUUCCAUGUCUUUUCAAUUUUUCUCGGAGUCAUUAAAAUUGAUUAAAUAUUGUAUUUCUUAUAUAUUCAAUGAUGAAUUGAUUAAAUAUUGUAUUUAUUAU